CGAGGGUAUAGUGAAGAUGGCUCCCUCCCAGAGAAAACAGUCCAGCGAGCCCUGUGUCAUUCCAGGGGGAUUUACAGCGCUGUCACUGAAGUUCAAGGCAGACAGCACCACCUGCCACACUGUGUGCGUGAAGGAACACAGAGUCCGGGCUGAGAAAAACUCCAGGAGACCCCUCGACAGGACGCUGUUCGCCCUCAACAUCCCCCCAUACUGCUCGGAGGAUGUUGUGAGGGAGCUGUUCUCUCAGUUUGGGCCCAUCCAGUCUGUGGAACUGAGGGAGAAGCCUGGCACGACUGACCCCAAGGAGUCAAAACUUUCCAAGUACUUCACACCAGCACAGAAGGAGGGGUUUAGAGUGGGCUAUAUUGUCUUCAAAAAUAGUUCCAGCGUGGCAGCUGCAAAGUCCCACCCAACUGACACGCCGUUAGUUGUCUCCACAGAUGAGCGGCCAGUCAGGACGGGCCUACAAAAAUGGGUACAUCAGUACAGUCAGUCAUUAGUUCAACCAGACAAGCUUCAAGAAGUGGUUGACAGCUUUAUGCAAGAGUACGACAAAAAGAAAGAAGAGGAGUCAGAAAGACUGAAGAAGGAAGCGGAGCAGCAGGAGGAGGAUGGGGAGGGGUGGGUGACGGUUACGCGGGCAAAGCGCGGGACCAAGGCCCGUCCCCACAGUGAGGUGGCCAACCAGAAAGCUCUGCAGAAGGAGGACAGGAAGAAGAAGAGGAAGGAGCUGCUGAACUUCUAUACCUGGCAGCACAGACACACGCAGAGAGAGCACAUUGCGGAGCUGAGGAGGAAGUUUGAGGAGGAUAAGCAGAGGAUUGCAGUUCUUCGAGCGCAGAGGAAAUUCCGCCCUUACUGAAUCCCAGCGUCCCAGUGUGCCUCUCCCCUCCUGUCCCAUCCCAUCGCUGUUCAGCCCACAUUUUAAACCACCUUUGCCCCUA